AUGGACUUUGAUAGACAAGUCUUCAGAACAUUGAGCAAAAGGCGUUGUGUAAGGUCCUGCAUAAGAAUAAAACACAAACCUAGGAUCUCAAACUUCUAUCUCAAGAAAAAAGACAAGUACGAGUAUGUAAGGCAUAGGCUGGCCACGAUGGAGCCAUACUUUCUAGAGCUUCUUGGGAUUGGAAGCUUUGAGCCUGUAAACUAUGUAUCAGACACUUCUUUCUACACAUACGGUAUUAUUAUGAACCCAUUUGGAUACAAGCUAGACUCCAAAAAUAUAUUCAUUGCAUCUAGCAUUGAUGGAAGUAAUGAUGUCAUUGUGAAAUUGAACCUGGAGCACUUACAAAGGUAUUCUGUCUUUCCAGGUCAGAUAGUUGCAAUCAAGGGGAAAAAUGGAACAGGAAGGGAGAUAACUGUGGAGGCUCUACAUUGCAUACCUGUUGUAGAUAUCAAUUCGGCAGAAACUCCUUCGGAAGAGAGAUAUGUCCAGCCAACUAUUUCGGCAUUUUCAGGACCUUAUGGGAUUGGGCCAGAGUUUAGCAUUCUUGACAGGGUCCUUAUAGAGGAUGUAGAUGUAUUGAUACUGGUUGGGCCUUUUAUAGAUCCUCUGCAAAACGAUACAAGUGAAUCUCCAGGCUCGAUGAUGGAAAGGGUAUUUAUCCCAAAGCUAAAGGAAUGGUUAUCAAGAAGAUCAGACAGUAAGGUUAUCCUUGUUCCAUCUACCAACGACAUGGCAUGUCUGAAUGUAUUUCCUCAAGGUCCAAUUGACAUUAGCGAUGAAAGGAUUGUAUGUGUAAGUAAUCCUUGCGAGUUCUUUUUAAACGAGUUUUUGAUAGCAAUCUCCUCACUGGACACAGCUCUUGAGAUAAGCUCUGAAGAAUGUUUUUAUGAUUCCAAAUCAGAGAAUGAGAAAGAUGCCUGCGGAAAGCUUCUUUUUGGGAAUGACAGGCUGGAGAGGAUAUCAUACCACUUGAUCUUCCAAAGAACCUUUCUUCCUGUCUUCCCAUCAAUGAAUGUUGUUUCGUAUUCUGUACCAGAAAGCAUUUCCAUGGAUACAGCACCGGAUAUAUACAUCAUUGUGUCAAAACUGAAGUAUUUUUGCAGAAAUGCCGGUCCCUCUGUGGUUGUCAAUCUGGGGCUUCCUGUGAAGGAUGCAGAGAAGGUGGUGUGCCAUAUAAGUCUUCCAGAGACACUGGGAGAAAGGAGGCCAGUGGUGGAAUUUGGGUGUCUAAAAUAA